AUGGUGGGCGCCGGGCUGGCCCAUUGGCAGUGGGCGAUCCUGGCUGCCCUCGCCGCGCUGCCCGAGGUGCGCGGGCUCGCGCCCGAGCCGAACGAGCCCGCGGAGGUCGGGCCCAGCGUGGGGGCGGGAUCAGGGCCCGCCGCCCCCGCCGCGUGGACGGUGGCGCAGGCCGAGGGCCAGGAGGGCGGCCGAGGGUCUGUUGUCCCCGAGUGCCGCUGCGAGUGCGGCGACGCCGAGGCGGCCGCGGGCGGCUGGCUCGGGGCCUUGCUUGGGUUGCUGACGUUCGGGCUGCAGGCGCGCGCCUGGCUGCAGGGGCGCCCGAGAGGCGCGAGGCUGGUGCUGGAGACGGGGCGCGUCGGCACCGAAGAGGCUAUAUUGCUUAGGCUGCGGCCUGGGCAGGCAGUGGCGGUGACGCACGGCGUGGAUGCGCUCUGGCACGAGCGGCUGCUGGUGGGCACGAGCGCCGAGGAGCUGGGGGCGUCGCCUGGCUGGAGCUGGCGCGUCAUCACGCCUGGCGGCGACGAGUGCGAAGAUGCGCUGGAUGGCAGCCAGCCCGGGCCGCAUCGUCUCGCGACGCUUGCGGUCGAUGGCAGCCCUCCGAGGGUGCUGCGCGGGAGGUUCUAUCGGUUCGCGGAGUGCCCGACCGACGAGCUGCUGGUGCGCAGGGCGGUGGGGCACUAUCGCAUGCUGGCAUGGGCUGGGGCCCCUCACCGCCCGCCCAAGGACUACGUGAACGGUGCUGGACAGGUGGUGCCGUGGCCUGACGAGGCCCGCCGUGAGAUGGAGGCGGCAGUGGUGCCGCAUGGCCCCGACGCCGUCGGGGCGAUAGUGGGGCCGACAGAUGGCGUGGGCGUCCCUGCGGGCUCCUGUGCGAUGCUGAAGCAGCACGCCAGCGACUUGUACGUGAAGUGCUUGCUGGUGAGGAAGUCCGAGGUGGAUGGCCGCCUUCGCGAGCUCCUCGACCUGGCGGCAGCAGCGGUGAGGCCCGCGGUGCACGAGAGCGACGCUGGCGGCGGCAAGGGCACAGACGCGCCUGUCGCUGGGCGACCCGCCGCGGUCGCCGAGGACUGCCGUACCUUGUGGGUAGACUUCGAUCCACGAGGCGAGCGGUUCAAAGUAGUGUGGAGACAGGUGUGCCUGGAGUCUCGCUCAGAGAAGUGGGGCGACGGACCCGCGCCUCGCUGCUGCGCUGGAUGGACCAGAGUUUUCGCAACGGUGGCAACCCUAGGCCGCGCCGCCGCGUCCAGAGGCGUCAGGGACCUCUUCCCCUUGCCUUGCGAGGAGGUGCCCGAGCGCCCUGCCGGCCGGGGGGGGCGGAGGCUGCAGAGGUGGCGGCGCCGCCGCCGAGAGAGCGAUUUUGUUGACAGCGCCGCGCAGGCGCUGAAUUGGAUGCAUGUCUGCGGUCUCGGACACGUCGUCCAGGGGGAGCCCGACAACAUGCGGCAGGAUGUUCUCGAGUACGUGCAUUGGCUGGCCCAGGGCGAGCAGCGCGCGUGCAGACAUCUUGAUGCACCGUCUACGCAAGUGGCCCUGCUGGAGUUGCUGCGCGGUCGAUCCCUGUAUGGGGCGGGGGCGACCAAGGACUCACUGGCUUCCUUCCAGCAAGGCCGACUGUCACUGCCAGAGUCGGUGGAGGGCUCCCCUCACAUAGGCGAUGUCUGCGGCAGGCGUGGCCUCUGCGUCUUGGAGCGGGAGGGCGAGCGCAUGCUCGAGCCCGUUGCCGAGGUCGCGGCCGAUCUCGAGCUCGACGGCGCUCGUUGCUACUGCGACCCCGCCUUGGUUAAGCACAAGACAGUGUACGUGACUUUUUUGAAGGACCUGAUGCCCCGCGGGCUGCUCGACUGCACGCUCGAGCCGCUCGAGAACGCGGGCAUCUUCUGCGUGUGGUGUCAGGAGGAGCUGGCUUGCGCUGUGCCGCCGCUCAGCCCCGAUAGCCUCCUGCGCGACCGCGACGCGCGGGGGGCUCUUCGACGCUGCAUCUACGUGGGCAACAUGGGGAUCGUGGGGGCGGAGUCGGAGCGCGUCAGGUCGACGCUCGACGGAGUGACCGAAGCCUUCAUGCAGAAGGGGCUGCUGGUGCACGAGCAGGCCAUGACCUCGGGCGUGUCCGAGGUGAUGGGCGUCGAGAUCGACGGGCAGCUGAUGCAGACCCGAGCCUCGGGAAAGCGCCGGCUGCGGGCGCGGCAGGCCAUUGCAGGCUCACCCGCCGUGCGGUCGCGCUCGGGCGUUGCAGUGCCGAGCAGCUCGAGCAGCGCUGGCGCCGCGUCCGAGGGCACCGCGCCGCCGGCAGGAGGCCGCGAGAGGGUGCUCUGGAGACGCCGCAAGCAGCGGGUGCUGGCCUAUGUCGAGGAGGCCUGGGACACGCUCAGCGCGGACGCGAGUCUCCCGGAGCAGAAGGCGGUGCAGCGCCAGACUCGCAAGCAGUACCAGGCCGAACUGGACCGCUGGCAGGAGUUCGCAAGUCUCGGAGACCUCAAGCUCGUGAGCGACGAGAAGGUGGACGAGAUGCUGGUUCGUUUCUUCGAGCGGGACUUCUUCCUGGGAGAACAGGCUCAUCGCGGGACCAAGCUGCUCGCCGCGCUGAUGCAUGCGGAGCCGGGCUUCGGGCGGCGCGGCAGCCGCCGGGUGCCGCGGGCCUGGCGCGCCCUGAAGGGGUGGGGGCGGCUGGCGCCAGGGGCGAUCGCGCCGGCCGGGGCCGCUUUGUCCUUGGGCGGGGAUGAGAGCUUCUUGGCGCCAAAGCGGCCCGACGGUUAUUGGAGCCUGCUGGCGCAUCCCGCGCAGCGCGGGGUGCCCGACAAGAUCGGGGAGUUCGACCGCUCGAUGCUGCUGGACAGCAGUUUGUCUAGCGAGCUGCAGUGGUCGAUCACGGGGGCGCUCUUGUGCGAGCUAGCCUACAACUGA